AACAAUAAUAACAAUAAUAACAAUAAAAAUAACAAUAAUAACAAUAAUAACAAUAAUAACAAUAAUAACAAUAAUAACAACAAUAACAAUAAUAAUUACAAUGAAAAUAACAAUAAAUAUAAUAACAAGAAUAACAAUAAUAACAAUAAUAACUAUAACAACAAUAAUGACAAUAACAAGAAUAAUAGCAAUAACACUAAUAAUAACAAUAAUAAUAAUAAUAAUAAUAAUAAUAUUAAUAAUAACAAUAAUAAUAAUAAUAAUAUUUAUGAUAACAAUAAUAACAAUAAUAACAAUAAUAACAAUAACAAUAACAAUAAAAACAAUAAGAACAAUAACAGUAACAAUAAUAACAAUAAUAAUAGCAAUAAUAAUAACAAUUAUACGAACAAUACUAACAAUAAUAACAAUAACAAUAACAAUAAUAAUAAUAAUAACAAUAAUAACAAUAAUAACAAUAAUAAUAACAAUAACAAUAAUAAUAACAAUAAC